AUGUAUCUGAACUUCCUUCACGUCGUCUCGGCGGCCUUCUUGGCCACACAGCUCGGCAUCAGUGCCGCCAUCACCAACCCAAUUAUCGACAUCGAGCUUUACUCUGAUAAUAAGUGCCUGAAUCGCGUCGCCAUUAAGUCUUCGAAUAUCUCAGUUCCUUGUGCUAGAAUUGAUGAUAGGUUGGGUGUCCACGGGAUUAUACCUAGUGGGCCUCAAAACUUCCCGGGUGGAUUCAACACCAUCACCAUCUUCACAAAACCCGAGUGCCCGAUGUCUCCGGACCCUUACGUAGCACAGAAUGCGAUUUUCGGUAAAUGUAAUUAUCUUAGAGAUGGGGAUAUCGCCAAGCUCCAUUAUUCGAGAUGGCAGAUGAAUGUACAUAGAAGCCCGAGUGGGGCAGACGAUGAGGUACCACGUACUGGUUAG